ACGUGACACAGCCGCAAGGGGCGGCCUGCCGCCAAGCGCGGCCGGUGCGGCCGUAAAGCGUUUCCCGCCGUCGUAAAGCGUGCCGCGUCCUUAGCAACGGCGCCGCGCUUCCGUAUCGCCGGGGCAGCAUGGCGGCGUGCGGGGCGGCCGAGCUGGCGCAGGCCCUGAGCCGGCCCCUGAGCUGUCUGCAGGGCCCUGAGUGCGGCCGGGCGGCUCGGCUGCGGGCUCUGGAGGCCAUCCGGGCCGAGGUGCAGGAACGGCCGCUCUCGUCGGAGGCGGUGCGGGAGGUUUUCGAGGCUCAGCUGGUGCGGCCGCUGGCGCGCUGCCUGGCGGGGGACGCGGCGGAGCGGUGCCGGGAGCUCGCCCUGCAGCUCCUCCUGCACGGCCUGAGCCGCUGCGAGCGGCCCGGAGAGGCGCUGCCCGUCCUGCUGCCCGUCCUGGCGCAGCGCCUCGGCGCCGAGCCGUGCGAGGAGCUGCGCCUCGGCCUGCUCCAGCUGCUGGGGCUGCUGCUGCGGCGCGGCGGGGCCGCCGUGGCCCCGUACCUGUCCGAUGUGGUCGGCAUCCUGCAGGCCGCCCUCCUCGACCACUACGCCGAGGUCAGGCGGGAGGGCUGCAGGUGCGCCGUGGCCUGCGCUCAGGCCGUGCCAGAGCACUUCCAUAUGCAAUCAGAAUCUCUGAUAAAGCCCUUAAUGCAAACAAUUUCACACCAGCACUACAGAGUUCGUGUGGAUGUAAUACAGGCUACUGGAGCAGUGAUACAGUUUGGAAAUGGGAAGUCUGUGGAUGAUGUUCUAUCUCAUCUGGCACAACGGUUAUUUGAUGAGAUUCCCAAGGUUCGUCAGGCUGUAACAACAGUUGUUGGGGAAUGGCUGUUGCACCUGCGGGACAGAUACUCCUAUUUUCACAAGGUGAUCCCUCUGUUACUCAGCAGCAUUACUGAUGACAUUCCUGAAAAUAUAACACUAGCUUGGACUUAUUGGGAAAAGAUAGGCUUGCAGUGGGAGAAGGAGAAUGAAGAAGAUCUGAAGGAUAAGAUGGAUUUUAGUGUUCCACCAUCUCAUUAUCCCAAAGGAGUGACUCGACCAGGACUGGGCUGUCGGGAACUCGUGUCAAGGAACCUCUCCAAAGUCCUUCCAGCUCUCUGCCAUGAUCUAACAGACUGGGUUAAAAGCACGAGAGUGAAAGCAUCCCAGCUUCUGUAUGUGUUACUGCUGCAUGCAGAGGACCACAUAACACAGCACAUGGAGCUGCUUCUCAGAACUUUGUAUCAAGCGUGCUUGGAUGAAGAAAGCGAGGUGGUUAGGAAUUGUGUGAAGGCAGCAGAAUUGAUUGGAACGUUUGUCAGUCCUAAAGUGUCUUUGAGAUUAAUCACAUCAGCCUUUGAGGUAACACCUAAGCCAUCUUGUUUAAUGGUUCUUGCUGCAGUGAUUCGAGGUAGCCCAAAAGAAAUCUUGCAGCCUCAUUUGAGCGAUCUUGGCGACACGCUGUCACAGGCUGGAGUUUGUCAGCAAUCUGAGGAGGUCCUUUACAUGGAGCAAUUGCUUUGUUGUGUACAAGCAUUGAUCGAAGUAUGCCAGGAAGACUGCCAAGAAAUUUGCUUGCAGCUCAUGAAAGUUUUGGUGACAGUGAUGGCAGUACCAAGUUCUCAGCACCUUAAAGAGAUGGCAGAAGAAACAAUGUGUUCAUUAGCUGAAGUGCAGCAGUUGGAUGGUUUUCUUUAUCUCUACAGACAGCAUAUCCUUCAGCUUCUGGAAUGGGUCUCAGUGUCACACGACAGUUGGACCUGCUAUUCUCCAGAAAUAUUACAGUUAGAUGUCAUUGCAACUCAUUCAGGUCCUGUAAUAGGUGAAGCUCUCCAUGACUUUAUUCUCAUUCUUAAGACAUGUCUGCAACCAAACAAAGAUCCCCAGAUGCGCUUAAAACUUUUCACUCUUUUAUCAGAGUUGCUCCAGAAAGCCAACGAGACCAUCAAUUCCCAGGGGCUGUUCCCUCACUACCUGGAGAUUGUGAUAAAAGAUAUCCUGGCUCCUAAUCUGCAGUGGCAUGCUGGGAGGACAGCAGCUGCCAUCCGCACCACAGCUGUGUCGUGCCUUUGGGCUCUUAUUCACUGCCAGAUGCUUGCACCAGAAGAGAUCUUAAAAGUCAAGGAUGCGUUAAUGCCCCAAAUUAUUGCUGCCAUGGAUGAGGACUCUAAAAUCAGUCGGCUGAUGGGUUGCCGCAUUGUUGGUGGUAUUUUAAAAGUCUGUGGGAGGCAAUUUGAUGAAAUCCAGCUUGGCAAGACUUACCCAGAGGUUCUAAAGCGUCUGGACGAUGCAUCACCUGAUGUACGACUGACUGCUGCUCACACCUUAAUUGACUGGUUUAAAUGCUUGAAGGGCAGUGAUGUGAAAUCUGCAAUGAAAAGUCACAUCGAGUUUCUGUACCAAGAGCUGUUGAUACACCUGGAUGACCAAGAUCCAGAUACCCAAAAUGCAGUCCUAGAAGUAUUAAAAGAAGGGAGCAUUUUAUAUCCCGAUCUGCUUGUGAGAGAAGUUGAAAUUGCUAUAGAUAAGCAUCGAACACCAGUCUAUUGUAAACAACUACUGCAUCACAUUCAGACCACCAGAGAACCAGCUUAAUGAAUCAGUUCUGCAGGUCUUUUUAGUGAGCUGCAUUUGGAAUCUGUAUGAUAUGGAUUGCUUUCAUGUUUCAUUUGCUCAAGGUAGGCUGAGCAAUAAAUAGAUUUUUUUUUUCUCUAGAAGUUCAGUAUUAACUCAUUUAUAACUCAGGUUGGCACAACUCUACAUUCUUUGCCAUGUGAGCAGUUCUUUGUAUUUACUAGCAAUAAAACAAUGUUUUCAUUCUCUUUGCAUUUCUAGAUGAAAGGUUUAAAAGAGGAAUAUUUUUCAAGAACUCGACACCGUUUCUAUUUGAUAGAGAUCAUUUAUUUUAAAAAGUAAUAAUCUAAUAUCAAAUAUAUUUAUGUUGUUCAGUGAGGAUUCAGUCUUCCAAGGAGUAUUUCAGACUGUGGCUGAUACUCGGGCUUUGCAGUCACAUCAGUAAGGCUCAGUUUUACCAGAAAUAGAGACAGCCAAACUUGUGUUGCAUAAUGCAGCAGAAUUUUCGUGAUGUUUUGAGUGCUCGUUAUGCUGCAAUAACAGGGACAUAUUAUGAGUAGGUGUCACCAAAGGGGUGUUUUGUAUUGUCAUUGUAUUAUACUUUGUGACUGAGAAUAAAGCUGACAUUUUUUAAAUUAAGGGUUGGAUGUGGAAAAAAAUGUGCUUUUUGUCAUUUAGACUAUCAGUAUUGAUGUUGCAUUAAUUAAAUAUAUAGUAUCUGCACCUUUAUGUUGAUACUGUAGUGCCUCGGAGGGCAAGCAAUAUUUGCAUCCUACUUGGAAGUGAAAUUCUCCGAUAUUGGGUGAAUGUUUUUUGCUGGAUUUUUUUGAUUUUAAGACUGUUGUACUGUAUAAGAUUUAGGUUUGGGGUAUUUGGUGGUUGUUUUUUUUUCAUGUUCUCAGCUAUGGAAUGAAGUGAGCUUCCAGUCAUUGUGGAUAGUGUGCCAUUUAUUGCACACACAAAAAAGUUGUGGAAAAUCAGGUUCCUCAUUUUUUUUUAAUUACUUCUCUUUAGGCAAAAAUGCUUUUUAUCUCCUAUCUCCCAAACGUCCUGGCUUUGUAUCAAGUCUAAAAAUAGGCUUUGCAAGGUUUGGCAGUGCUCCUUAUACUAUAGGAAGUCCUCCUGUUUGCUUAUCUUUCCGAGCGAAUCGUAUUUUUUCGCACUUAGGAUCUAUCUGGUAACCAAACUGCUUUCGUACCUACCUGCAUUCCCAAGAAACGUGUGGGAGAGAAUAGAUACAGAAAGCAGAUCCUACUUCUCUUCUACAAGCAAAAUUAGGCAAACUUAUGGCUUCUCCUCUGCCAAAUACUGUGCUGUUUUGAAGACGCUAUCAGAAGGGACAAUAACACUAAGGAUACAGAAUAUAGGAAUAAUUUCUUCAUGAUCCAAAAGCUCUUUGGCAUUUCUGUAGAAUAGAAUGCACAUUUUAAAUUGUAUGUAUGGUCUUCAAGGUGUUCUUUUCAUGAAAAGCCAAACUAUAUUCCUGUACUGAGUGCUGUUUUAGCUGCUUAACAACUAUUAGAAGUAUGUAGCUCAGUGUAACUAGAGGGUUGGCUCAAUUUCCCAGAAGGUACAAUAAAUAAAAAUCACUAGAAAACACUGCACGGAAUGAAGAGGUUGUGGAGUCUCCACCUUUGGGGAUAUUCAAAACCUGACUUAAGACAGUCCUGGGCAACCUGUUCUACCUGCCCCCACCUGAGCAGAGCUGUGGAUUGCAUGCCCUCCAGAGGUCCCUCCCAGCCUCAGCUGCUCUAUGAUUCUGUGAAAUUGUUUUCUUAGUCUAAUCAAUUAUUAAAAAUCCAGGAGAUUACAUGGCUAUCCUAGCAGAACCCUGUGAGUUUUUCAGCAUACAUUUAUCAAAAAAUGGGGUUUCGAAGCACUGCAAAGCAACAGGCUCUUCCAACACAACCUAAGGCCUUGCUGUAGCAACAAGAAACCAAUUAUUGUUAUAAACUUCCCUUGGAAGUCCACCAAGGACCUCCUGGUCAAUUACAUCGCUACAGGAACGUUUUUUUAAAGUAUCCACAUUGACGAAAUUGAGAUUCUUCUAUUUCAGCAUUGUCUGCAGCCACAGGAUAGCUGCAGUACAAGUGAUGUGCAGUGCAGAUCACUCCUGUGACCUUCUUUAUAAACCUGCUUUCAAGCAUGGGAUUAGGGAAGAGAGAAAGGAAUAUCAUAAGUGCAGUGAAAUACAGACAAACUGAAGCUAACUACAAGCAUUCAGAGCCAAAGUAUUCAUCAAGUUCAACAUAUUCACUUGGCUGGGAAGUAUUUUUUGUCUGCAUGUGUUCUGUUAUCUUUCAGAACAGUCCAUUGUGGGAUGCCUCCCAAACAAAAAUCUCCGCAUCAUCCAACAGAACAGCUUUUUUCUUUAGAGCCAGCAGAGCUGUGUGAACAAAAUAUUCUGAUAGCCUUUCUAAAGACGUGUUAAACAAAAGCUGAUCUUAGUUUAUGCAUGUAUGAUAAACUUAAUAUCCUCCACUGCGUUCCUUUAUUAGACAGUAUUCUGGGCAUAGAACUUCAACGAUAUGCCAACCUUGGUUAUAGUUUUCCAUACUUCAUCUCAUAUAACCUAAAUUUCUCAGAUCCCUUUAUGAAGAAUAAUGAUGAAUUCUUGAUGGAUGAUGUUGGAACCUGGGUUUUUAAGCUGUUUUGGUUCCAGUCUUUCUGAUUCAGCCCUUUGUGUGUCAGUUGGCACACAACUGAAAUAUAGAUUUCCUUUCAGUCUCGCUGGUUCAUCGAUUACCGUGUGUUAGAUUUUAUUUGGGUGCAUUUUAUAUAUAUAAAGCACUAUUGCAAUCAUAUUCAUUACGUAAGUUUUAAGCAAGGACAAUUUUUCUUGAGCAAAAUGGUUAUCUCAAACUUUCAGACUCUAUAGAUAAGCAGACUUAGCCCUGCCCUUCCUGUGACGAACAUAUGGGCUGCAAGAUAGCAGACCUGUUGUAGAGGAUCCUGGGACUCGGAUUCUCAGCAGAACAUAUUUUUGGUAAGUGUGUGCAUUUGUCUGAGUAUAGGCUUCUGAAUGUUUGUUGACUACCUUAAAUACAAUCCAUUGAUUAGACAUUAAGAGAGCACUGUAAAGUAGUGCACCUCUACUUUGUGAGAAACUCUACAUCUUAAGAGAGCAGUUCUGGGGGAGGCUGGGUGUGAAGGAUGUUCAGAUGCAUCCGCCUCUCAUCCGUGUGGGUCUUUGUUGGUAAGCUGCAAAUUUCCUCAGAAGAGCUUUAGGCAGAUUGCAGGCAGUGUGCCUGGAGGUGCACAUUUUGGCUGAUCACACCACGCAGUAAUGCACUGUGCUUCCCAAAGCCAAACCCCUGCUUAGAGCUGGGUCGUGCUUCCACAUUUGCCAUGGUGACAAAGCAGUUGAAGUGCACCUAUAACUUUAACAGAGCAGAAAACAUGAUGCAGAACAUUGUGCAAUGACCACUAUUAACAAAUAGUGAAGUCUGUAUCUCCUAACUGUGAAUCCCACCACUAGUACUAUGCUAGCUAUUGGAGUGAACUGUGACUUACACAGUGGAACAUGCAGGUUAGAGUUCUAAUUGCUUAUUGCAUGAGCUUCACUUACUUAGGAGAAGUCAUUUGUGCAGGCAAAAUAAACACAGUCCUUCAGACACAAAGUAACAUCCUGGCCUGUGGAAAUCCACUGCAGACCUGAGAAAAGCAGUUUCUGUUCCAUUGGCAGAAUCUGUUAGGAUCACCCAGUGGAAAUGUGAGCCCCUGUUGGCUUACCCAUAGAAGAUGGGGUCAGAGCUGGUCCUGUUGGAUGCAUAAUGGACUGCUCCUUACCUCAGUCCUACAAGCAAAACUCUAUCCAUGUUUUAAAGAGAUGGAAAAAUAUAAAGCAAAAAGUCUUUACUAUUAGGCAGCUGAAGCUCAACAAAAAUUACAGUUAACAGGCUUGUGUCCACUUAGGGAGAUCAAUCCCCCAGGGAAGCUCAAGAACUCAGUAACUGAGUUGAAGCACCAGAUGAGAGGAGAACGGCUGCUCUGUCAGUCUGUCUUGUAUGUAAUCGGCUUUUCUUGUUAAUGUCUAAAAUCCCCUGUAAGUCAGGACCACGGCAGGAUCUGUAGGCAAAAUUGAAUUGAAGUGCUUUGCAGCCCCCUCUUAACUGAUAACCUAAGUGCUCUGCGUGGAGCAUCCUUUUCCUUGGGCUGACACCGGAGAUGAUGUGAAGAAGAGACCCUCACCAGUUUAUCCAUAAAGUGCAAUGAAACUGGUGAGAAACUUUAAUUCAGACUUCCAGAUACUUUAGCCAGUUCUUGUACUAGAGCACAUAUACAUUCAUCUCCUUACCUUGGACCAAAGCAUUACCACACUUGCUCACAAUAAAAAAUGCUUCUACAGAGUCCCUCAGCUCAGCACAUCCCUACCAAACAUUGCUGCAAUGCCCUGCUGCCCCGCAGUGCUGCUGAGCUCCCUGUGCCCUCGGCAUUUCCAACCUGCACAGCAGGGUCUGUGCCCAGUACCCAGAAUUACCACUCAGAAACUCCUUGCUGCACCAGUCUCCGUCACGACAAGCCCAUAGCUCUAAUUGCUGUGGGUACCUGAAGCUUUGUGGUUGAUAGCAGGGGUGAGAACAGAGCAGAACAGGAUUGCUAAGUGAGAGUGUGGGAAUGCACUGGGAACAAGAGUGGGAAUCACGAAGGAACAGGAAGAGAAGGAAGCAGGAAUGUGAGAAGAGAGGGCGACUGAGAGAUGCAGACCUUGGGUUGCUUUGGCCAUGUGUUGUGGUUUCCCUGGUGCCAAGUAACAAGGCUUUUUUUUUCCCUCCUAAAUUCCAAACUGUCCUUUAGAGCAUUGAAACUGAAACAUUUUUACUAUGAUCUAUUUUUAUUCAUAUUGAAUAUUUUUCUCCAGACAUCAGCCAAUAAAAUUGAUCCCAUUUUACGUCCAGAGCGUUGGAAGCUGAAAAACUGAAAUAAAUUUUAUUUUCUGCACAGCAGUCUUUUUCUGAAAUAUGGAAAUAAUUAGCUCUCAAUACAUACCGGCUUCUUUUAACUAAAUUAGAAUAUUGGAUCAAGUUUCACUUAAGUUCUAGAAGCCAAACGCCAUCGGCUCUCUCUGUUGAAGAGCCAAAGGCUCUCCUCAAAGCCAGGGAGCAGAGAAAAAGCUGAGUCUGGGCCAUCCUUCUCCAACCUCUCAUCCCAGUCCCGAGGGAAAAAGAGCUGCCCGGGACCAGUGGAGCAGCCCUUGGAGCUGGAUUUGUGCCCAGGCAGCACUGCGUGCCUCGUCCUGCCAGAGCACAGCGACCAGCCCUGGCUGCGCUCCAGUGGGACGGGAGGAGAAAGACGUUGGGAGGGCCUGGUACCACCAAAGGGUUUCAGAGAGAUUGGAGCUGAGAAAAGAUUUUUGUCCUGACUGCCUUCUGCGUUUCAACGUUUUCUAAUGCAAAGACACAAAAAUAAGUGCAAAGUACAGCAAGAGAAGGCACAGAAGAGUGGCAUAGUUCACCUUUCUGCAGAGCACUUACCCGUGUGCUCAGGUUAGUGCCUGGCUUCGUGUCUGACCACGUGCCAGCUUCCAGUGCCCUGGGCUCAGCUCAGCUUCGGUACGGCACCCGAAAUUCUCACAUCCCUGCAGUACAGCUCUUUAGAAACAAUGAUUGCCUGACAUCAGCUGGCACCUUAUUUGAAUGACCUCCUGUUAAUUUCUGCUUCUUGAGCCCGUUUUGAACGCAAACAAGGCCACAGAGCCUCUUUCUUUAUUUACCAGGACGCGGUUAUGAGCCGUUCUUUCCUGGCAGGCCGAGCCGCUCCCCCCAGCCCGCAGCGCGGCUGUCGGCCGGCCAGCAGCUCCCGCACCGCCCCGCCGCGUGGGGACAUUUAGGAAAAGCCACAGGGGCAGACUGCGAGCUGAACUUAUUUCCACGGUUAUCCAAACACGGGAACGUCGCGGGGCUCGUUUCGAACCGUGCCUUUUUUCGCGGUUUGUUUCAGCCCAGGUGCUGCGCGGGCAGCGGCAGGUGGGAAGGAAUCCCAAAGCGGCUGCGCGGGAGAGGCGCGGCAGUAGCGGGAAGGCGCGCGGCCGUUCCAGAGACGCGGGCGGCGGCGUUUCCCGGACCGGGCCGCCCGAGGCCCCGUUUCGCGCAGCGGAGCGGCCGAGGUGGGCGACGCGGGGGCGGCGA